AUGAUUGAUGUUGCAUCAGGCUACGCACAAGAAUUGUAUAACAUUGCAUGCAACUACGUCUUCUCCAUCUACUUUGUUCUCCCCCUUCUAGUUGCCGCCUAUUACACCGGCUUAUACUUCAAGAGAGAAAAGUUUAGAAAAAAGCACGGCUGCCAGGAAGCAUAUGUCUUUCGCGAAGGGGGCUUUCUCGGCUUGAAGCUUGGUUACCAAUUGCAGUACUAUAAAGGAAUCGGCGAGUUGGUGGAUUUCCCCUUUGUAAUCCUCCAGAGACUCGGCAUCAAGCAAACCACCGUUACCGCGUUUUUGUUUGGCGUGCGCGUGAUUGUUACCAUUGACCCUGAAAAUUUGAAAGCAAUAUUGGCAACUCAAUUUAACGACUUUAGCUUGGGACAACGAAAUUUACAACUCAAACCCUUGUUGGGAAAUGGCGUGUUCACCUUGGAUAAUGAAGGUUGGAAAGAACUGAGACAAUUGUUGAGACCUCAAUUUGCAAAAGAGCAAAUUGCCCACGUUCAAACUAUUGAACCUCAUUUGCAAAUCUUGGCUAAGCACAUCCGUAAAAGCGCAGGCAAAAAGUUUGACAUCCAAGAGCUAUUCUUUAGAUUGACCGUUGACACUUCGACCGAGUUUUUGUUUGGUGAAAGUGUCCACUCCCUUUACGACGAGUCGAUUGGCUUAAAGUGUGACCCUGAACUAGCUGGCUUUGCUGAAGCAUUUAACGAAACGCAAAAGACAUUGGCCGUGAGGUGCUAUUUGCAACUACUCUAUUUCCUUUAUAACCCUCCUUCCUUUUGGAGAAAUACCAAAAUUGUCCACAAUUUUGCAAAAAGGUUUGUUAAAAAGGCCCUUAGUUUGACCCCAGAGGAGUUGAAUGAGUACAGCAAGCAUAGCUAUACUUUUCUUUACGAGUUGGUUAAACAAACAAGAGACCCUCAAGUCUUGCAGGAUCAGUUGCUCAAUAUCAUGGUUGCCGGAAGAGAUACCACCGCUGGUCUAUUGUCAUUCACAGUCUUUGAGCUCUCAAGACAUCAAGACGUCUGGGAAAAGCUCAAAGAAGAGAUAUAUGCAAACUUUGGCUCCGGUGAUGAUGUCGAUGUCUCCAAGAUCACUUUUGAAACGUUGAAACUGUGCACUUAUUUGAAAUGGGUCAUCAACGAAGCGUUGAGGAUGUACCCUUCAGUGCCCAUAAAUAUCCGCACGGCUACAAAAGAUACCACUCUUCCUCGUGGCGGUGGCCCAGAUGAGCUUGCGCCCGUGUUUAUUGGCAAAGGAACCAACAUUGCUUAUUCGCCUUACAUCUUGCACCGAUCAAAAACUUUCUAUGGCGAAGAUUCUAUGGUAUUCAGGCCCGAGAGAUGGGAGACCUUGAAACAAUUGGGCUGGGCUUAUUUGCCAUUCAAUGGCGGUCCUAGAAUCUGCUUGGGCCAACAAUUUGCCAUCACUGAGGCCUCCUAUGUCAUUGCAAGAUUGUGCCAGAUGUUCCCCACCUUGAUUAGCAGAGAUGAUAGACCCGAUCCAUGUAGGAAAUUGAUCCAUUUGACAAUGUCUCACAUGGAUGGCGUCUGGGUCGAAAUGAGUUAG